AUGAACCGAAGAACCAGACAAACCAUACCACACCAUUUUCACAAGUAUCUCAAACCCGGCGCUCUCGCCCGAAUCCGUGACUCCAAGAUUAGUGCUAGAUCUCACCGUCUAAACUCCCUCUCCCAGAUCCCUAUCCACCGCCCACUCUCGCCGCCGCCUUCAACCGAAGCUCAGCCUCAGGCCAACGAUGCUGACAACGGUUUUCCUUUCUUCGUCGCCCGGAUCUACGGUCCACGCUGCCCGCAGAGGAAGAAGCUCAUGGCUGCCAAGUCCGUCUUGUUCGUACCUGUGAAUCCAGCCGCGGACUCGCCCGAUCUGGUUAUUGAACCCUUCGGCAACGACAUUGCUAUAAUUUCAAUAUUGCUUCUGCUCAUGGAAAAGGAAAUUGAAGCAAACGAAAUCGAAAUAGAAGUGAUGGAACCCAUUGCUUUAAGUGGGGAAAUGGAAGAAGAAGGUGGUGAAACCUUUGAAAGACGUGACGACAUAAACAAAUAUAAUGAAGUUGAAAACAAGGUUGAUUGCGGAAAUCAGAGUCUGAUGAGUAUUCUAAGGGCGAAAUUGCUCAAAGUGAAGAGGCUUUUUAAAGAUCAUCUGCUUCAAUAUGAUGUCGCUAAAAAAUUGGGCACGGUUAGAUUGUACCAAGUUUGGCCAGGGAGAAAUGUCUUUUUCUUCCAUGGGAGACUUAUUUGUGGUCCAGAUCCAAGAGGGUCAAUGUUGACCACUGUUUCUAUUGUUCUUUCAAGUUGGAUUUUUGUCAGUUAUGUUGGGAAUGAUGUGCCACAUCACUCUGCCCUCGUUGUUAUGUUUUGUGUGAUGUUGACAUUCAUUGUUCUUAUCAAUUUGGUUCUCGUUAGCACAACUGACCCAGGAAUUAUUCCUAGAAAUGAUCAAGAAUCUUUUGAAGAUGGAACCAAAAGCAAAAAGGUAAUUGUAAAUGGGGUGGAAGUGAAAUUGAAGUACUGUCGAAUUUGUAAGAUUUUUCGGCCACCCAGAAGUUGCCAUUGUGCAAUAUGUGACAAUUGCGUUGAGAGAUACGAUCAUCACUGCCCUUGGAUUGGUCAAUGCAUUGCAUUGAGGAACCAUCGAUUUUACAUGACACUUGUGAUAUUCGCCUUAAUUUUCUAUGUAUACAUAUUUGCCUUCUCUUGCUGGAGGCUACACCAAAGGAAGGAUGGAGAUGGAUUUCUUGGAUUGGUUAAGACCUGCCCAGAAACAUUAGCAUUGGCUGCGUUUGGCUUCAUUGCUAUUGUGUUUUUAGGGACCCUUGCAAUCUACCAUGUGUACUUGAUAGCAAUAAACGAGACAGCUUAUGAGAAUUUUCGACAACGUUAUGUGGGUUCCAAGAGCCCUUAUGAUAGAGGAAUUUUAAUCAAUUUGAAAGAGGCGUUUUUUGUUGCGGUACCUCCUCCUAGAGUAGAUUUUCGAGCUUGA